AUGGAUAAAGAGGGCAAUGCUAGUUGUGAUCAUGAUGAAGGUCCAAAGUAUGUGUUUGAUUUGGGUGUUGAGGAUGGCAUUGUAGAAGAUGAGAGAGAAGAAGAGGAUGAUGAUUAUGAAGAAGAAUCAGAAGGAGACGAUGCGGAUGAUGAUGAAGAAGAUGACACCUUUGAUGUUAUGGAUUCUGUAGACGAUGGUACUUUUGCAGACCAAUAUUACCCAGAUUUUGUGGGGAAGGAGUAUGAGACUUUAGCUAGGAAAAAAAGAAAACCACUUGGGGAUAAUCGUCCUAAAGGCUCAGUUAAGAAGGCCAGGAAAGAUGAUGGUUCUAAAGGAAGCUUAGAGGAGGAAUUGAUGGAGUUCAUGAUGGGCUGGCGGGGAAGGAGAUCAAGGAAGACUAAGAAAAAAGGUAGAAGAAAAGGAUCAAAGAACCAGUGCAGCCCUGAAAUUAGUAGACUUCAUAGUAAGGCUCGAAAUUGCUAUGCGUUUGGGGAUUACAAAAAGGCCAUACCCAUCUUAAAAGAAGUAAUUAAGCAAGCACCGCAUUUGCCGGAUGCUUAUCAGACACUUGGAGAUGUCCAUAGUGCUCUUGGUGAUAAAUGUAGAGCCUUGAAUUGCUACCAUGUUGCUGCACAAUUAGCACCCAAAAACCCAUCUUUGUGGACACUGCUGUUCACAAAGUUCAUGGAAGUAGGGAACAUUUCUGGAGCUUCAAAUAGCCUUUCAAGAGCAAUAUCAGCUGAUCCUGAAGCUGAAAAUGUGGUUGCUCUGAAGUUGGAUCGUGCUUCACUCCAUGUUCAGCUUAAAGAUUUUGAAAAGGCUGCUGCUUUGUAUGAAGAAAUAGUCCAAACCUGUCCUGGUAAUGUGAAGGCACUCAAGUCAGGAGCAGAGAUGUAUGCAAAAUGCGGUCAGACUGAACACUCUAUCCAUAUGCUGGAGGAUUAUCUCAGAGCUCAUCCAACUGAUGCUGACUUGAGUGUCAUUGAUUUGUUAGUUUCUCUGCUUAUGGAAAAUAAUGCACAUAAUGAAGCUCUUCAGCAUAUUGAGCAUGCACAACUGACACUCUAUUCCGGAAAAGAGCCGCCUCUUGAGAUCAAAGUUAAAGCAGGAAUUUGCCAUGCUAACCUUGGAAACAUGCGCAAGGCAGCUAGUCUGUUCACUGAAUUUGCAGCGGGUAACACUAAAUUUAAUAGAGGUUUUUUACAUUUGAAAAUUGCUAGAUGUUAUAUGUCCUUGAAGUAUAGAGUACAAGCAAUUUUCUACUUCUACCAAGCUUUAAAGACACUUGAAGACCAUAUUGAGGCACGUUUGACUUUGGCUUCUGUACUCCUUGAAGAAUCUAGAGACGAUGAAGCUAUAUCGCUGCUGUCUCCCCCGAGAAAUCUAGAUUGUGUUCCCCUCCCAACUUAUAAAGCAAGAUCAUGGUGGCGUGAUGGAAAAGUGAAGUUGAAGCUUUGCAGCAUUUUCAGAGCUAAAGGGAUGCACAAGGAACUUGUGGACGCAAUCUAUGAUUUGGUACACGAGUCAUUAAAGAUUAUAUCACUUGGGAGAAGGGUGAAAAGGAAGCUUUUGAAAAAGGAAUUGUUCCAAAGAAUCAAAACCUUGGAUGAUCAGCAAACAGGUAACGUUUUUUCCAGAAAUAGAUCACGAGCACUUCCUUUAUCAGAUCAUCGGAGAGUUAACAGAGAAAAGAAGCGACUUGAGGAAAAGGCAAAAUUAAAGAAAGAAAAGAGAGCUGAGGCAAUGGCUGCUGGACAUGACGGACAAAGUGAUGAUUAUUCAGAUUCAGAUGAUGAUCCUGAAAUUGAUCCACAAGAAAUACUGAAAGGGCCUCCCCUGCCGGAUCUAGUCAAGGAAAAAGAUAAUCAUGACCUCAUAUUAGAUUUGUGUAAGUCACUCACUUCCUUGAAUAGACACUCUGAAGCAUUGAAGAUUAUUAAGCUUGCUUUGAAAUCAACUAAAGGCAUGGCAGCUUUCCGGGGGGAACUUCGAACUCUUGGAGCUCAAAUAGCUUACACAGCUCUGGAUCCUGAGCAGGGGUUGAAUUAUGUAAAGUACAUUGCAGACCAGAAUCCGUACAGCAAUGCUGUCUGGAAUUGCUAUUACAAAGUAAUCUCCAGAUUUAAGGAGGACUGGUAUCGCGAGAAGCAUUAUAAAUUUGUGCGCCACAGGCGCCAUAGGCGCAACAGAUUAAAAGACUGUGCACCACCCAGUAUCAUAACUGGCCAUCAUUAUACUAGGAAAAGUCGCCAUCAGGAUGCUGCAAGAGAAUACCUUGAAGCUUAUAAGUUAUUGCCAGAGAAUCCCCUGGUUAAUCUGUGUGCUGGUACUGCCUUAAUCAACUUGGCCCAUGGACAUAGACUUCAGAACAAGCACCACUGUAUUGCUCAGGGCUUUGCAUUCCUCUACAACAAUUUACGGGUUUGCAAAAGCAGCCAGGAGGCUAUGUACAACAUAGCCAGGGCAUUCCAUCAAGUUGGCCUUGUGACUCUUGCAGCUUCCUACUACGAAAAAGUUCUUGGCAUUCAUGUGAAAGACUACCCCAUACCAAAACUUCCCCAUGAGAAUCCACACUCUAAUCCAAAUCAAUCACCAGGUUACUGUGAUCUUCGCAGAGAAGCAGCUUUUAAUCUACAUCUUAUCUACAAACAGAGUGGAUCGUUUGAUCUAGCUCGACAAGUCUUGAGAGAUCACUGCACUUUUUGAGUUUUCAACCGACUUGUUACUGUGUCUGUUAAUCAGGGAAGUUGUAAGUCAAAGACAUUUCCAUUCAGGCAGUUACUGUGUUUGAAAUAUUGUGAAUAUAUGGCAACACAAAAUUCUUGUUUC